AUGAUGUAUGCCAUGCUCGAAAUGUUCACGAUGUUCCAGUGGAAUCGUGUAGCAAUCUACUACACUCCGAAUGAAGUGCAGUACUGUGACACAAUAAUGGACAAUCUCGGCACGGCGUUCAGUGACGAUUCCACAUACGCGGUGGAUGUCGUACAGAAAGUUUCAUGGGAUGGCCAGGCGAGUGACUACCUGGCUGAUCAGUUGCUGCUUCACCAAGCGAUCUGCAAGAAGUGA